GUGGGGACCAGGAAGCUAGUGCCAAAAGGAGGGGGGAGGAAGAGGGAGGAGGACUCUGGCUCCUGCCGAGGAUACAUAACAGUGGAGCAUGUGGGACCCCAAUGCAGGACAGCCUGGGAUGUGCCCUCCUGGGGGUCCUAUGUCCCCUUCAACUUCUGGGUACCCUGGGGUUACCAAUCCCAUCCACCCACCACCAACCAAUCCAGCAUACCCUCCAGGUACCUUUCCUACCACACCUGGCAGUUUCCCAGGGAAUCCCAUUUAUCCUCCUGGCAAUGCUUUUGGCCCAGGGCAGCAGCCAGGGUACCAAGGCUGCCCACCCCCAAGUCCCUACCCACCCCCGGGUCAUUACCCACCUCCUGGCUCUGGUGUGCCUUCGGUGAAUCCCUUGGCCUCAGGAGUAAUGGGGCCAUGUAUAGUGAUGGAUAAGAAGCAGAGGAAGAAGAUGAAGAAGGCGCAUAAGAAAAUGCAUAAACAUCACAAACAUGGCAAGCAUUCUUCUUCCUCCUCCUCCUCUUCCAGCAGUGACUCUGACUGAAUCCUGGGCCCUCCUCCCCCCAAGCCACACCACCCCAGCUCUCCCAUCAAGCCUUGGACGCCAUAUUGCGCUGGGGGAAGAUAGCCCUGCACUCCCAAUCUCAGCCCAACCCCCUUCACCCCUUUGCCCAAAUUGGCUGGUGAAGGUGAGGAAAGGAUCCGUUGGCCUGAGGAAAUCCAUUUUCUUACCUACUAGAUUGAAUCAUUGUGGGGUAGGGGUGGGGAGCACGCUCUGAACUCCUUUCCUGAAGAUGUAUGCCCUUUGAACCAAAUGCUGAAGACUAUUUUAGGAUCUGGAAAAUGUGAUUUAAAAAAAAAAAUUAUUGUAAUUUGUGUGGGAGAAGGGGAAGAAAGGGGGUGUGGCAUUAUCAUGAAAGUUGGUCUGGGUAUGGUAGUUUUGUGAUAAUGGGAUGUGGGAACUACAUUUCCCAGCAGACUGUGCAGUCUACUCAGCUCCAUUGCCUUCUGGGAAAGAGAGUUCCUUUGAAUAGGAUAAUGUGGGUGCCAUUUUGCAACCUCAUUUCUUGGUGUGCUCUUUUCAUCCCAAUCAUUCUUGGGGUCUUACUCUGUUUCUCUCACUAUUCUUCCCAAUAAAGCUGUUUAUCCCAGUCUCCA